GUCUAUUCCCGUCACAGUUUACGAGGCUUGAAGUGGCGUGUUGAGGGCCGCGAGGCACCCAGGGCUCAAGACACACGCCACUCUGCUCUACGCCGCAUUCCGCCACGGUCGCGUUGGUUAGGUGUUCUGGCCAGCAAUUGUCUGCGAUGAAGUUUCUUGUGCUCUUCGCCAUGGGCGUGGCCGUGGCCAUGACAAGCAGCACGCCUCCCCUCGCUGAGGGAAACAGCUGUUCAGGCCUCAAGGACGAUCGCUCCCUUCUGUCCAGCCUACUAACGGUCGCAGGCUACAAUGACACUUGUGUGGCCGCCGCCCUGGACUCCUGUAGGACUGGACGAGAGGACAGCCGCCACGCGCCCCUCGUGGAGGAGGCGAGGGAAGUGGUGCAGCAGGUCAGUGCUGCUGUAAACAAAUGGGAGUCUCGGCCGCGUCACUGCAAGGAAUUACUGGACUCCGGGGACAGCGGGAGCGGCCUGCGCCAGGUAUACCCUUACCCUGGGCGACCCCACCACCGCGUGCCCGUGUUUUGUGACCACACCGUCGACGGCGGGGGAUGGACCGUCUUCCAGCGGCGCACCAGUGAUGCCGUCCGCCAAGAUUUCUACCGCACUUGGGUCGAGUAUCAGUUGGGCUUUGGUGACCUGGAGGGUGAAUUCUGGCUGGGCCUUGACCUUCUGCACCAGCUGACCUCCACCACCCUGCAGCAGCUACGAAUUGACCUGGACGAUUACGAGGGAGAACAUCGGUGGGCUAAGUAUGGAUUCUUCCACGUGGGCGCACCAGAGACCAAGUUCCGCCUCAGUGUUGGAAGGUACAGCGGUGAUGCAGGGGACAGCUUCUCUGUGAAAAGCGGCAACUCGUUCAGCACCCAUGAUGCUGACAACGACACGUCGGAGAUUAACUGUGCCGAAAGAUACCGUGGUGCUUAUUGGUAUGGUGCUUGCCACAGUUCUAACCUGAACGGCUACCAGUAUGUGGGCAACCACACCUCCUACGCCGAUGGCAUCAACUGGUAUGAUUGGAAAGGUCACUACUACUCACUGAAGCGAACGUCCAUGAUGAUCCGCCCCGCCUUCUGAUCCCCUCUCUUCCAAAGCUGGAUGUUGCGUUUAUGUGUGCAAUGACUUAAGCUGCUUUCAUAGCAACGCUCUUGAAUCUUCCGUGUUUUCCACCAUCUGGCUAUUACCACAGAGACACUCUCAAACUAAAUUUAUCUGUGCUGUAUACCUCUCACCUAACUCCUCUUACUAUAAGAAAUUUUUUGACUACUUAACUUCCAAAGUGGAGCACAUUUUGACUCUUUCCUUUUGCUGAGAUCUCCAUUUUCUGAGACCUCAAUGUUCACCACCAGCUUUGGCUUUGCUCUCCCUUCACUGACCAUCCUGGUGAACUAGCCUUCAACUUUGCCAUCCUCCACGACCUACAGCAUCUGGUGCAACACACUAUUCGUAUUCCUGACCUUCUUGGAGAUAUGCCCAACAUUCUUAACCCUUUCCUAACCUUUAAUCCUUCUGCUUAAGCUGUCACUCUCUCUUCUCCGUUGGGCUCACCCGAUCACAAUCUCAUAUCUGUAUCUUUUCCUAUCGCUCCAAUCCCUCCUCAGGAUCCCCCUAAGCGGAGGUGCCUCUGGCGUUUUGCCUCUGCCAGUUGGGGGGACCUGAGGAGGUAUUUUGCUGAUUUUUCCUGGAAUGACUACUGCUUCCGUGUCGGAGACCCGUCUCUAUGUGCCGAGCACAUAACAGAUGUGAUAGUGUCUGGCAUGGAGACGUACAUUCCUCACUCUUUUUCUCGACCUAAACCUUUCAAGGCUUUGUUUAAUACAGCCUGUACAUGAUAGAGAGGUGGCCCAUAAAAGGUACUUAAGCCUUCCAUCACCAGAAUCUCAUGAGCUUUAUAUUGCAGCCCAGAACCAUGCCAAGUCUGUUUUCCAACUAGUCAAAAACUCCUUCAUUAAUAGAAAGUGUUAAAAUCUUUGACGAACUAACUCCCCUCAUGACUUUUGGCAUCUAGCCGAAAAUAUCUCCAUUAACUUUGCUUCUUCUUCUUUCCCUUCUUUAUUUUAACCAGAUGGCACCACUGCUAUCACAUCUGUCUCGGAACUCUUCGCUCAGAUCUUUGCUAAAAACUCUGCUUUGGACAAUUCAGGUCUUGUUUCUCCCUCUCCUUCACCCUCUGAUUACUUCAUGGUACCUAUUAAAAUUCUUCGUAAUGAUGUUUUCAUACCAUCGCUGGCCUAAACCUUCGAAAAGCUUAUGGACCUGAUGGGGUCCCUCCUAUUGUUCUUCGAAACUGCGCCUCCAUGCUUGCACCUUGCCUAGUCAAACUCUUUCAACUCUGUCUGUCAACAUCCACCUUUCCUUCUUACUGAAAGUUUGCCUACAUUCAGCCUGUUCCUAAAAAGGGUGACCGUUCUAAUCCCUCAAAAUACCGUCCUAUUGCUUUAAUUUCCUGCCCAUUAAAGUUUUUACAUCUAUCUUCAACAGAAGAUCCUUAAACAUCUAUCACUUCACAACCUUCUAUCUGAUCACUAAUAUGGGUUCCGUCAAGGCCGCUGUACUGGUGACCUUCUGGCUUUCCUUACUGAGUCUUGGUCAUCCUCUUUUAGAGAUUUUGGUGAAACUUUUGCUGUUGCCUUAGACAUAUAAAAAGCUUUUGACAGUCUGGCACAAAGCUUUGAUUUCCAAACUACCCUCCUACGGCUUCUAUCCUUCUCUGUAACUUCAUCCCAAAUCUCCCUUCUCACUGUUUUAUUUCUGCUGCGGUAGACGGUCACUGUUCUUCUGCUAAAUCUGUUAACUGUGGUGUUCCUCAGCGUUCUGUCCUGUCACCCACUCUCUUCUUAUUAUUCAUCAAUGACCUUCUAAACCAAACUUCUUGUCAUCCACUCCUACGCCCUGCACUUUUCCACGUCUAUUCAUAGACGUCCAGCCCUUUAGGAGAUAAAUAGUUCAGGCAGGGAAGCCACAGAACGCCUGACUUCUGAUCUCUCUGAAAUUUCUGAUUGGGACAGAGCAAACUUGGUAUUCUUGAAAGCCUCAAAAACUCAAUUUCUCCAUCUGUCAACUCGACACAACCUUCCAGACAACUAUCCCCUCUUCUUCAGGACACUGAACUGUCCCCCUCUUCUACACAGAACAUCCUUAGUCUGUCCUUUUCUUAUAAUCUAAACUGGAAACCACACAUCUCAUCUCUAGCUAAAACAGUUUCUAUGAAGUUAAGCGUUCUGAGACGUCUUCACCAAUUUUUCUAACCCCCCCCCCAACUGCUAACUCUGUACAAGGGCAUUAUCCGUCCAUUCAUAUGUUUGUGCGUGGGAGGUGGGGGAUUCCACUCAUACUGCUCUUCUAGACAGGGUGGAAUCAAAACCUUUUCGUCUCAUAAACUCUCCUCUAACUGACUGUCUUCAGCCUCUCUCUCAUCAACGCAAUGUUGCAUCUCUACCUAUCUUCUACCGGUAUUUUAACGCUAACUGUUCUUCUGAUCUUGCUAACUGCAUGCCUCCCCUCCUUCUGCGGCCUCUCUGCACAAGACUUUCUUCUUUCUCUCACCCCUAUUCUCUCCACCUCUCUAAUGCAAGAGUUAACCAGUAUUCUUAAUCAUUCAUCCCUUUCUCUGGUAAACUCCCUGCCCGCUUUUGUAUGUCCACCUUGCUAUGACUGAAAUUCCUUUAAGAGGGAGGUUUCAAGACAUUUAUCCUUCAAUUUUUGACUAACACUUCGGACCGUGUUCGGGGAAUGGCAUCAGUGGGCUUUUUUUUUUUUCAUUGAAUUUUUGUUGCCCUUGACCGGUGUCACUCCUACAUAAAAAAAAAAAAAAAAAAAGGCAGUGGGUGACGUGCACAAAAGCACACAACGCAGUUCCAGACCAUCACCACCACCUCUCCAAGUUCACUAUCUGACGUGACUCUCAGCCUGAGCCGCUCUCUCCCGCAAACCACCGGAGUGGCUGGCCCCUCACAGCCCGAGUCACAGCGCUGCUUGUUUCAUCACACGGCCACGAGACGUGCACACCGUGCGUCCCUGCACCGGGCUGAGCGUGGUCAUAGUCACGUGAUGGUGUUAUGUAUUUCAUUAUAUCCUGUGUAAAUAGUGUAAGUACCAAUUACGAUUAGCUGUAUUAAUAAUCAGGAUGACUCGUAGUUUUAUCUUGCAAGCUAGAAUACGUGGUCUUAGGUAUCGUCUCUCUCUCUCUCUCUCUCUCUCUCUCUCUCUCUCUCUCUCUCUCUCUCUCUCUCUCUCUCUCUCUCUCUCUCUCUCUC